AUUUCAGACACAAUUUGUACAUUGAGGGCGCAUAGUUUAAAUGGUGACCUAGUCCGGCUAUAUAGCUGCAAGCACUUUCACCGGUUGAAUAUCCUUAUUAUUAAAUAGGUAUGUUACCACCAAAUGACUUAUUGCAACUGACGGAUGAGGAUGUAAAAACAUUAAAGAAGUGCAGACAAAUCUCAUUUUGGAGAGGCAGUCUCCCAUUCUCCAUCGGUGCUCUUUUAGCUGUUAGUGCUGCUGAUAAAUAUGGAUGGUUUUCAAAGCGUAAGAUGUUUCGUUUUCCAUCUUAUUUUUUCGGAGUUACCAUUGGUUAUUUCGUUGGGCAAUUCAGUUGUGCAGGAGAAUGUAGACGUAUGUUUCUCCAGCUUAACAAUAGUCGAAUCAAAGAUCAGAUUCUUAGAAUGGAAACUCCCGGAACAUUUCAACCUACUCCUGGUUCACCUAUAAUUGUAAAUACACCUGUAGAAAAACAUCCACCUAUGAAUUAUGAACAACGUAGACAGUUUUAUAAUAAGCAACGUGAACAAUCUACAUCUCCGUACCCCAGUUCCAAACCACCGACAACGAUUGAAGAAGAGGAUACAACAUCCGAUCAAACAAACUCAAGUCUAUCGUACUUUGAUAAUGAUAGACCAAUUAGUUCAUUUUAUUAUGAUAAUGAUGUCUAUCGACCUAAAGAGGAAUAAUUUGGUAACAUAAAGAGAAAUAUGUAUUUUGUGAAACAAACUGUUGUACGAAUAGUAAUAUAUUUAGUUGCUCUUAUUUAAUUUUUUUUAGAUUUUCCUUCACAUUCGGAGAUAUUUUUUGAUUAGUAGCAUAUAUACAGAUAAUAAUUAAUUUAUCUAUUCAUUCAUCCACCCAAUUAUCCUUGUUCAGUGCAGAUUUCAUAACUAAUUGUAAAUACACGUUUUGUGCGGAGUUUAUUUGUUUAUAUGAUAAAAUUAAAGGGUCUGUACCGAUUUUUGUUUCUAGGAGGUGUUACUCUUACUGAGACUUAUUUGUUAAGUUUUUGUUUGAGAAUUAACACUAAGACUUGAGAAGCUGUAGCUUGAUGUUCUCAGUACGUUUAUUAAUUAAUUUAAAUUUACCUUACCGUUGCUUGGCAACAGUCCACGAAGACAAUGUUGAGCUGAGCCGUGUAAGUGGAUGUAGACUACCUGGUCGAGGUCUGUGGUGUUAUCGUAGCCAAUGGUUAUAGACUUUGGAUGACGGCUGAAAAUCAUGCUCAGUAACGCAAGUAUAUUCAUUUUUUGUCUUUCCUCAGGUCCUAAGUUAACUAAUAAACCUUGUUUAUUCCAAUAAUUUUUAUUUUCUGUUAGAGUCGUAUCUUCGAUGCAUAAUAUUUUCUCUUGCCAGUGAUACUGUCACUACUUUCACUACUCUGGGAUUUACCGUGAAAGUUCUAUUUUUCAGUGCUAAUGCUGUGUGGUAAUUUGAACCGAUGUAUACAUAUGACAGGUUCUACGUUACGUAUGUCUGUCUGAAUAACUCAUAACUCAGGUAGAGUCUAAAGAAAUAAUUAUUUAGUAUCUAAAAUCUUUUCAAUGCUCUAUAAACGAUGUGUGAUAUUAUUCUUUUAAGCAUCCCCACUUUCGUACUGUUAGCGGGACAUAGAUUGGAUUAAAGCAUGUUCCGUGCACGAUAGUGUUGGUGUGCGCUGAUUGGCUAAUUAUUGUCCAAUCAGCGCUAGUCGAUACUUGUAGGAGACUAGAAUCUCAUGGAAAUACCAUUAAUAUACUGACGUUUUUCUUAUUGUACUUCUUACUUCCAUCUACCCUUGUUAUUUGAAAUGUAAUUUCUCUCCUGUUCAACCGUGCUCUGAUUUGGGAACUUGUCGAAUAAAUUAGUGUCCAUGACUACUAAGCAAUAGGAAUAGCUGGGUCGUAAUAAGAGAGAAUUAUAACACGUAUCAAGCAUCAAAUGAUUUGAAGAUAAACAGUUUUAUGUGCACAAACUACAAAUAAAUUAAAGAUGAAAUAUAAGCAAUGGUCUUUUUUUAAUAGCGAAACGCAUACACUAUUUUAAUAAACAUACCGAACGGUUAUCAUCCAGCUACUGGUUUCAAACUCUGGUAUAUAUUGAUACAAACAGCUUGAAUUAUUGAUUCACAUUUGGUCAUGACACCUUUAAUUAGUACUGUUUCCUUGAGUUUUAAUUAUCAGUUACUAAUUGUAUUAUAAAAUAUAACUUUCCACGAGAUUUCACCAUUGAAUAUCAGGCUUACAAGUAGUUUUUUAAAUUUUGACCUGUCAAAACAUGUACAUUGCUGGAAUAAAGUGUAGUGUGUAAGCUACAUUUUGCUUUACAUAUUGAUGUAACAAGAACGAAGUGUUACUUGACAAAAUGAGUUUGUUAGGAUUUACAACUAUGUGGG